AAGCUUGGGGUGCACCCGCUGUACCUCGGCAUGCCGGUGGCGGUGACUUGCUCGUUGUCAUUCAUGCUGCCCGCCGCAACACCGCCCAACGCGAUCGUCUUCCAGAUGGCCGAAAUACCAGGAGGCGCAAUGGUCGGGCACGGACUCUUCCUCACCGCGCUGUGCGUCUCCGUGGUGAUCAUCUCGGCCAGCACGUGGGUACGAUUCGUGCUCGACCUCGGCGAGUUCCCGACCUGGGCCGCGGACAACGCGACGUACUACGUCUACAACGGCAGCGCCGAGCUCGAAAUGCGCCCUGUGCGCUACUGGCAAAUGUGACAGCUGCGACUACGCCGUGGUUUACUCGAGGACGCGCCAUCUUUCAGCUGCCUCUCUGAUGAUUUACUUUUUCUUUCGGUGUACACUUGUGCCGCUCACGCAUUUUAAUCGCACCGAUGCCUGUACUCUUCUUGUCUCGCCGUAAUAGUAACGCGUUAUAGCUUGACCCAGCUGUUGGUAUUGUGUGAAGUACGAACACACCUACCCUCUGGACAGGCUGUCACGUGGUGCGAUGUGUCAGCGUUGAUAUCGUUACGUGGACAUGCAACGGGUAGGAAAACUAUAAACCGGACAGCACAACGGGUAUUUGUUACGCGGUAGGGCGUUGACCUGUGCCCUGGAGAACAAAUGCGUCUGCACAGAUCUUUCGUUGUGCUCAUCAGAUAAGCACACAGUGCUUCUAGUCUGUAAUUUCGGGCGAUUCGGUUAAGACAAGCUAACUUGAAAGCCAUAUAGAAGGUCGCCGUGCGCAAUUGACGCAAGUAAGUUUUCGAGUGGUGUAUUAAUCGCGUUGUGGCUAAUGUAUUAAUCAAGGUAAUCUGGCAGCGUAUAUACUUACGCUAUAGUAGAUCUUUCUUACUGUGCUCAUGACAUCUAAAGGUCAAACGCGUCUGAUGUUUGACAAAGACUUGUUUUUGCAUAAUUCACUGUCAUCGAGAACAAUUUCAAAACGACGAUUUUUUUUGGCUAAACUUUUCCCCUCCCUCCGGAUUUCUUUAUUGCGAUAUCAAUUGUCUCAAGCUAGCGCCUACUCCCCUUAAGUGGCUCGCCUACAAGACAUUCAUAUGACCAAUCGUGGAAUGUACAAACGUGGUUUGGUUCCCUCACACAACGACUAAAUUAGCAAAAACUGGAAGGAGUGCAAAGUAAAGCCGUAAGAUUUGCGCAUAUUGAGUACAGGCGUCUUGACUCACCCACUCUUCUUCCAGCUGCAUCAUGUCUGAAAACGCUAGCGGAGAGUACGCCUACCGGAAAGAAGCGCGCCUAAAGUUUUUUUUCCAGCUUGUUCAUAAAAAUUUGAAAAGCCGCGUCUAAUUACACAUCGUUUUCCAAACUCGACUUACACGUCAAGACCAUCGAAAUAUGCUAACUGAAUAUUCCUAUCAAUAACACUUCUAAACAUUCUUUUUCUUUCACUAGCUGUGCGAGAAUGCAAUCAACUGCACCCAUCUAUCACAAGCACGAAAUCACUUCCUGAAUUCACUAGUACACUUGAAGGUUCUAAAGGACUAUUAAUUUGUCCUAACCACAAAUUACGCCACACCCCUCCCCUCUCCCAGAAUCAUUGUUCGUUGCGCCCUCGGGGAACGGUUGUUAUUGCUUAUUUUUUUUUAUUUUUUAACAUUUAUUUAUUUCCUUUAUUUAUUAUUUGAAUUUUUAUGUAGUUUUUUCCCCCAUUUAUUCAGUUUCAAAAUGAGUUAUGCAAUGUUGAAUGGCUGUUCUUAAUGUCUAAACGCAAUUCAAUCUCUGCCAAACACAAACACAAUAGUGUUUGACAGAAAUGCAUGAAAAACGCAUUUACAUAUUUAUGCAACCACUCUUUUUUUCUUUUCUUGUUUUUGCUACUGUAACCUCUUCCUCUUUUUCUCGUAGAUUCUUUAUACUUGUAUAAAAUGGAUCCUUGCCUAUUUGCA